CCGCGCGCUGCCAGCGGGAUCAUCAGAUACACCUGCAACACUCGAGGAAUCGGACUGCGAUCGGACUGAACGUGUGUUGCUGAAGCUGAGGAACAUCAGGCUGAACACCUCGGGACAGAAAGAGAAACUAUAAAUCAACAGGCUGUUAAAGAGCAGGUGUGAGGUGCAGACGUGCAUUGUGGGUAAAGUCUCUCUCUCGUGAAAGAGAAACACAGACGGGAAAGACCAACCGAGCCACUGACGGACUGACAAACGGGAUGCCAGGAAUGACCGAGCAGGAGAACAGAAUGGGAGCAGACAUCAAACAUACAGCGCGUAUCUCAGAGCGCAACACGGGCACUUCCAACGGACACACGGGCGCAAGAAUGAGUGUCGCAAUGGAGAACGAGGACAGAAAAUGGACGGCCAAUAAGAAGGCGGCACAGAUCACGGGAUCCAAUCUAACGCGAUCAGGAAGCGUGAAAGACCUCAUCUACAAGUUCUCGGGUUCCAGCGGUGAAGGGCAGAACGCGCCCAGUGGGUCGGGGGUCAAAGGUCAAGAGCAGAAGGAGGGCACGAGGAGCAGAGAGACCGUGAAAAGCGAAGACCGCAAGAGAAACCAGGACGGAGAAGAAUCCAGAAUGCAAGAUCAGGAUUACUCCAAAAUGAACAGCCCAGACGACAAAUCCAAACACGCCAAAGAUGAGAAGACGCCAGAGGACGAACCCCAGCACUCUGCAGACAGACCGGUCGUGGUGGUUUCUGGUCCGCAUUCUAACUACAACGGUGAUAAGAGGUCAGAGGUAGAACCAGCCACCCCCAAAAUCCGCCCGAACCCCAAGUAUGAGCUGUUCCUCGGGUCCAACGGUACCAGCGCUGCCAACGGUUCGGUGGGAGGCGAAGGCGCUCCAGCUAGUAACCUGCUGAAAAUCAAUCCCACCAUCCGCGGCUCCAUGGACUCGCUGUCAUCACGAGACUGGGACAGUAUGUCAGACAGAACGGGAGGAUUUGAAAGCCCACCCAGAGUAUUUAACAGUCCAUAUGCAACACUGUCACUGGACUACAAUCCUCCCAACAGAAUGUCGGACUUCAGGCACACACAGGAUGUGAUGUCACCUGCCGUCUCAGAGGUGAACCUGUUCAGAAGCGUGAGUCCGAUUCAGAGUCCUAUAAUGCCCCAUCGCUCGCGCAUUUCUAAUUACGACAGUCUGACCCGCAGACGAGAUGUACAGCCGCCUCCGGGGCAAUUCAUCGCUCGAAACAAUCAGCCGAACAAGCGUGACUUCAUCCAGGAGCUCACCAGGCAGCUGGAGGACUGUCAGAGGAGGAACCAGUUUCUGGAAGCGGAGAGCGUCGUGAUGGAGAAAGAGAGGAAUCAGAUCCGCUUCGAGAUGAGAGGACUGCUGGUGAACAAUGAAGAUCUGCUGCGGACGAACACUCAGAUGCAGGGAGAGAUGAACCGCAUGAGAGAGCGAAUCGUGGAGCUGGAGAGCAACAAUAACGUCAUGAUCGAGCGUUUCAAACAGAUGGAGAAUGAGCUGAAGGAGGCGCGUGAGGUGAUGCUGGAGGCCAACACACAGGAAUACGCCUUCAACUUCCUUCAACAGUCUCUCAAGAACAAGAUCGACGACACAGAGGAAGCUCUGAAGAAACAAACGGAUCAUUCUCAGCUUCUGUCAGAGAAACUCUGGUUGGCUGAACGCAACCUGGAGGAGCUUGAACUGGAGAAAGAAUCCAAAGCCAAGAAAGUUUUAGAGUUCAGCACCAGUGUGUCCACCCUGGAGAUUGAGCUGGCAGACGCUCUUCAGGAGAGUAAUCAGGCCCGAUCAGAACUGAAUCUGCAGCAGAAACUGCGAGCGGAUGCGCAGCUGAGAGUGGAGGAGCUAGAGGAGAGCAUCCUGGAGAAAGAUCAAGAAGUCCUGCGUCUGACUCAGAUCGUCAGCAGACUGCAGGGAGAGGUGACGUAUAAGUUGAGCGAUAAGGAGCAGACGCUGGAGGAGGAAAUUCAACUGCGUGAGCGUGCGCAGCUGCAAUGCAAACAGGCUGAGAGAACGGUGGAGGAUCUGCGCAUGGAGCUGCAGACGCUGACUCAGUCCAGAGACGAGCUCUCCAAACAACUCAAACUAGCACAGGAGAACAUCAUUGAUCUGGAGAGUGAUCUAGAAGAACUGCAGGAGAACGAGCAGAGAUGGGCGUCCAAACACAAGAGAGCUCUGGAUCAGACCGAACAACUGCAGAUGAAACUCAUUCAGGAGAAAGAUAUGAACGAGCAGCUGGAGUGUGAGAAGGUUAUCCUGGAGAGACAGUUGCGUGAUCUGCGCAAGCAGAUGGAGGACUUCAGAAUAACCGAGUUGAAGUGGAUUCAAUCACUCGGCUGCAGACUUAAAGUAAAGUGGUUUUUGACAAACACCAUCGGUAAACUGGAGGAAAGAUUCAAGAGCUGUGCGGAGCAGGUGGAGGAAGAACACAAGAUCCUGCUACAGAGCAGAAAGAGCUGGAGGAACGAGUCGAGACAAACUCUAGAAAAGCUCAAACUUCUGGAUCUGAGUAUAGACGAGGAGGACGAGCAGAAGGAAUCCGAACCCUCAGAGAAAAACAUCACACAGGUGUGA